AUGACGGCACGUCUCGAUUUCGAUCUCGUUGUCACCAACGGAGUGUGUGUCACGGCGUCCGACAUUGCUCCACUCGACAUUGCAAUCAAGGAUGGGAAGAUCGCACUGCUCGCUCCCUCUGGCUCGUUGGCGGGCACUGGAGCGCGAGAAAUCGACGCCGAGGGCGGAUACGUCAUGCCGGGCGGCGUCGACUGUCAUGUGCAUCUACAAGAGCCACCGCUUUUUGGCGGCAAAGGAAGGUGUGCCGACACGUACGAGACUGGGACGCGGUCGGCCAUCGCGGGAGGCACCACCACCAUCGUCUCGUUUGCGCCGCUGGAGAAGGGAGCCCUCUCGCCGCUUGCUGCCGUUCGAGCGACGCACGCCGUUGCCGACGGCAAUUGCUACUGCGACUACGGGUUCCACCUUCUCAUGGGCAACGCGAGCCCGGAGGCCCUGUCGGAGCUGCCGGCGCUCAACGACGAGGGCAUCAGCUCGAUCAAGAUCUACAUGACGUACGAGGCCCUGCAGCUGCGCGACGACGAGAUCCUGUCCGUGCUCCUGAAGGCGCGUCAGAACGACGUCUUCGUCAUGAUGCACGCCGAGAACGGCGACGUGCUGAACUGGCUGACCGACCGGCUCGAGGCCGCGCAGCUGUUCGCGCCAAGGUACCACGCCAACUCGCGGCCGCCCAUCCUCGAGGCCGAGGCGACCAACCGCGCGAUCGCCCUGUCGUCCCUCAUCGCCGACACGCCCAUCCUCCUCGUGCACAUCAGCGACCCCGGCGCCGCCUCGCGCAUCCGCGACGCCCAGACGCGCGGCCAGCCCGUCUUCGCCGAGACGUGCCCGCAGUACCUGUUCCUCACGCGCGAGGACCUCGCGAAGCCGGGCUUCGAGGGCGCAAAGUGCGUGUGCGCCCCGCCGCCGCGCACGCGCGCGGACCAGGACGCCAUGUGGACGGGCCUGCGCAACGGCACCUUCGCCCUCCUCAGCUCCGACCACUGCCCCUUCCGCUACGACGACGACCGGACCGGCAAGAAGACCUGCCUCUCGGACGCGUACCCGCUCGGCCGCUUCAGGCACAUCCCCAACGGCCUGCCGGGCGUCGAGACCAGGAUGCCCCUCACCCUGUCCGCCGCGGACGGGCUCGACCUCACAAAGUUCGUCGAGGUCACGUCCACCAACGCCGCCAAGCUGUACGGCCUCUAUCCCAAGAAGGGCGCCUUGCUGCCCGGCCUGUCGGACGCCGAUCUGACCGUCUGGUACCCCGACGGGAGGGUGAACACGACCCUGACGAACGACAUGCUCCAUCACAACGUCGACUACACCCCGUUCGAAGGACGGCCGAUCAAGAACUGGCCGCGCUACACGAUCUUGCGCGGUAAGAUCGUCUGGGACCGAGACAACGGCGGAGUCGUCGGCGACAAGACCUUUGGCCAGUUCAUAAAACGUGGUCGAUCCAUCGGGGUUUGGAAAGCGAACGCAAAAGAAUUUGAUCUGGAAAAGCUGUAGUUCGGAGGAGACACAACGCAGCAGGCAGAUCCUGCGCCUUGCCCGGCGAUCUUUGGCAUUGCCUAUCGCACACCUCUGCGAAGGUGGACGUGAAUCAUAGUCUAUGCUUAACCUAGAGUGUUGCGGUCUUGCCUAAUCAUCUAGAACUGCUUCGGCCGGCC